ACCAGAAUAAUAUCACAGAGAUCCAACUCUCCAAGUGAAAGAAUAUAUACUAGGGUUUAACCAUUGCUCCUCUCUUUUUUCUCUUCGUAUCUGGAAUCUCAGAAAAUCGUCUGCACAAGAAAAUUAUCGAUUUCUGCAAACUCAAAUUCCAUGCCUUUCAAUUGAGAUCUCCUAAAAUGUCCACUUCUUUUCUUCUCAUCGUCCGCCAGAGCUCUGUUUUCGCUAUUCGAUGGAUGCAUUCUGGUUUUUGAUUUCACGAUUUGCUUGGAGAUUAUAUCUCUGCUAAGCAAGAAUUUUAUUACAUACGGGUAGUGGCCCUAUUGAAGUUUGGCUAUUCAGAUGUAUGGUCAGGGGAAUUAUGGUCCUCAGGCUGGGCAGGUUAGUUAUACAUCUGUACCUCCCCAGUGCUCAGCUGUUCCUGUUAAUUUGCUUCCUCCUCCUCCUCCUCCUACCCAGCAUGCCCACUCAAGGCCACCUAUAAUGCAGAGUUGUCCUCAAUCAGUUGAAGCGCAGGUAGUUUGUUCCAACCCUCUCAUAUAUCAGCAUAUUCAUCCUGGUGUACCUCAGAAUUUCCCUCGUUCACAAGCUCCAACAGGCGGAAUCAGUUCCAGUCAAUCUUGCUUAAUGCCCACUGUGCCUAAUCCUCCUCCAUCUGUUCAAGUUCAUCAAAGUGCUCCAAUGCAUACCUCCUAUCAAACUGCACAAUGGAAUUCACAAUGGAGACCAACUGCUCAUCAUAUUCUGCCUGCAAUGUCUCCAGGCGCUCCCAGAGUCUUUCCACUACCCCCACCCCCACCCCCACCACAAACACAAACACAAACACAAACACCUUUUGGAGGUUCAGUCCAUAUGUCACUACCAGUACCAGGUAAUACUCAGACUCUUCAACAUGUAGCACCACAAGCAUCCCACUUGCAGGGCUCUAUUUUUUCCCUGUCAGCUCCUAUGUCAUCAACUGGUCCUCUUCCUCCACCACCUCCAUCUAUUCCUGCAGGAGUCCAACCAAUUCCCCAAUCUUUGCCACCUCCUACUCCUCCAGCUCCAAAUACUAUGGCUUCAAUUUCAUCACCUACAGAAGAAUCUUGUAAUUUGGCCAAUCAGUUAGGAAGGGGUUCAACCAUUGAUGGAACUGCCUUUGGCUCAGGGGAUAAUCACUUGGCAUCAGUCUGUGUGUAUGCAUGCACCCAAAAAGAAGAUGGAGGAACUGGAUCCACUAUUGGAUCUUCAGUAAGCGAGAAUCUAAACUUGGAUAUUCCUGCUUCUUCCCCUAAGCCUCUUGAUAGGAAAACACAGCAAAGUAGUGAUAUUCAAGGAAAUAACAAUUCAUCAAUGAGAGCACCAGAAAUUCACUCUUCACUUCAAUCCAUUGAUUCGGUAGAUGCUGGUGUAUCCUAUUCCCCUACCAAUUCUGAUAUGGAAAUGGAAGAUGAUAUUACACAGCCAGACGAAGAACAGAAGGUUCACUCGUUUGGUACUUUGAAUCUGGAGUGUGUUUCAAUAACAAAUAAGCUAGAUCUGGAGGAGCAAUCUCAAGGUGCAUUGAGUACAGCUGAAUGUGGCUUAGUGGAAGAUGUUGUGGAGGAAGAAAGACAAGGUCUGUGUGGAUCGUCAUAUCUUUCUCACUCUAUAGGCAAUAAAUCAUCUCCUAGACUCAAGCUUUCAGCCAUGAGUCCAUUCCAAGAUGUUGCUGAAGUACAACAUUCUUCUCUUGUACAUGAAAAUUCAUGCCAAUCUAAUCCUGGGAUUGGUUCUGAAAAGUUUCCUGCCCAGCCUGCUGAAGGCCUGAGUCCCUUUAGUCUUAUACAGGGCUAUGCUUCUGAUGACAGUUUGGAAAGCAAUAAUAAUGAUGACGAUGGGAUUCGAGUUGAAAAUGCCAGUCUUGCAAUAGGGUCUGGAUCUGCUGAAGUUCGAACCAUUCCAAUUGAAGAUGCAGGGAGAUCACCUGAGUGUUCUCCUGUAUCACUAAGAGCGGUUAGUGAAACUGAUAGGACAUCUAAUGUUGCAGAAAAAUCCACAGAUGCUAGCAGUGAUACUGCUAAUGAAGAACGUAUACAAAAGAAUGCUCUAAGAGAUGACAACACUAACACUGCUUUUGAUAUUUCUAAUUUGCCAAGGGAGGAUGUGAAAAAUACAUCUGGUUUCUUGAAGAUUGAUGAGUUUGGUAGACUUGCCCGAGAAGGGUCUAGUGACAGUGACUCUGGGGAUUCACCACGUUACACAAGGAGACGUGGAAAAAGAGAAAAAAGUUGGAGUAGAAGCCCAUCUCCUUAUGAUAGGAGAAGGUGGAGUCCAAGGAGAAGAAAGGAUAAGCGUGGACGAUCUAGGAGUGUGUCUCCUAAGAGACGCAGAAGCAGGAGCAAAUCUCCUUUUAGGCAUGGGUUUGGUGGCGAUAAAGUGAGAAGUGGGAAAUUUCACCGUUCAGAAUGCUUUGACUUCAAGAGGGGCAAGUGCUACCGUGGAGCAUCAUGUCGGUAUUUCCACCAUGAGUCUGAUAAGAGUGAUAGAUCAAGAUCCUACAGGAGCAAAGAUCAGCAUCGAGUUCGUUUACCUAGUUCUAGGAAUCCUGGUUUACAUGAGGAGACCGGAACAGCUCUCCUUGAUAAAACUAUUCAUGAGAAUAAUAAAACCAAAAGCCCAGAAAUUCAUGAUGUGGGAGAAAAAAGGGAGAGGGAAUCGGAACCUUUAUCUCACCUGCAUGGAAAAGAAAGUUGUACAGAACCUUCUGCAAGCCCAGUAACUCAUGUUAAACCUAAUAAGCAUUCUGACUAUGCUGCGGCUGCUGUUCCCUCAUCAGUUGAAACUGCUGUCAUUUUGCAGUCUCAAAGCCAAAACUCUGAUCAGACUCAUCAUGGUGCUGUUUAUGAACCUAAGCUAUUGGUUAAUUCAUCUGUCACUGAGUCUUCAACUCUCCAGGCAUCAACAUCAGUCCAACUCCAGCAUCUUCAAUUUCCUGAUCCUAAGGAAUUAUCUGCACCUAAUGUACCACUGCCAACAUGUUUUCCACCUUUUCCAGCACUGCCCCAUGCUCCAAGUACAACAUCUGCUCAACAGCUACUUGGACAAUAUAACAUUAUGCCACAGUUUAACUUAGCAUGUAUUGAAAACCGUCCUCCCUGUCAGCCUCCAGUGCCUCCCCAACAGUCUCAUUUUCCUGCACCUGUGAACAUUUCUUGGAAUUCUCUGCCACCAACUAUGCCACCACUAAACCCAUCGCAUCUUUCCUUUGUUAAUAAUGCAAUUGGAAAUACAGCUCUUGGACAAUAUGGUGCAACACCAGGACAGUUUCAACAGAGUAUACUGCCGCCUAGAAAUGACUUUGUUUCUCAAAAUUCUUUUAGACCCUAUCAAAAUGCACUGCCCAGUAUUUCUCAGGUUGGUCAACACCAGGCCUACAUGCAUACUCAGCCUAUUUCCUCAAUGGGGUCACCAAUUAAAAAGGCUCAAACUGUUCCUGGUGAUACUCUGCCUCCCAGUGAACUUCCUCAUCCAUCUUCUAAGAGUUAUCCUUACAUGCAACAGCUCCCCUGUGUUCCCAAUCACUCUGAGGCUGCUUGUGCAUUGGUAUACACAUCUGAUCUUCUAGACAGGAGCAGGGAACCUGGUUUAUCUGGUUUUGGUGGAUCUAAAAUAUCAAGUUACUUCAAUCCUUAUGCAUCUAAGUUUGAGCAGCCAUUAACCUCAAAGAUCAGUUCAGAUGCUCCAAUAGAAGGAAAACACAUGCUUUCUAGUGAUAGAAACUGUGCUUCUUUUAGUUUGCACAAUGUACCAGUUGAUGGGCGACCUGCUGAAAGCCUUGGUUCACAUGAUACACCGCCACAUUCUGCCAGUGCGGCAAACAGAAUGUUGUGUAUGCCUGGUGGUGACCAGUAUGAUCCCCUAUUAGACAGCAUUGAGCCAUCAACAAAUUCAUUCCGGAAAUCUGAUCCUGUACAAAAGCGUGAAACAACUGCCGAUUCUGGUGUCAAGUUAAGGCUUAGUAGAUGGAGUAAUCCAUUGGAUGUUGAAGAAAACAACAUGCAGAAAAGAGAUGGAACUAUUACUAAAGCUGCAUCAACAGGAAAUGAUGAAUAUGGCGAGACAGCAGAUGCAGAAGUGGGUGUGGUUGAAGAUGGAAGUCCAAGUGAUUCAAAUGAUGUUGAAGACAUGGUUGAGGGAGAAGUAGAGAUUGAUCAAGUUAAGACAUCUGGGAAAAAAAACAAGAGUAAAGAAUCCAGAUCUACAAGACUUUUCAAGAAUGGCAUAGCUGAUUUUGUGAAGGAGCUUUUAAAACCAUCUUGGCGUCAAGGUAAUAUGAGCAAGGAGGUUUUCAAGACAAUUGUUAAGAAAACUGUUGAGAAGGUGUCUGGAGCUAUGAAGAGUCAUAAAAUACCCAAGUCUCAGGCAAAGAUUAACCGCUACAUUGACUCAUCACAGAGGAAAUUGACAAAGCUUGUGAUGGGCUAUGUUGAUAAAUAUGUCAAGGUAUGAACAUCUUCAGGCAUUCAGCUGAUAUUGAAAAUUUUGCCUGCAGCUGCUCAAUCACCGGCUCACAAGUGCUUGUGACCUCUAUAAAUAGCUGAUGUGUGUCUAGCUUUCUCUUGGUAACUCAAAAGUUGCUUGAAUUUUGAGCAAACCUACGUGUGAUAAAGCUAAGAUGGGGUGGGUAGUUGUACAGCUGCUGUUUUUGAGGAAAUGGAAUGAAGUGCUGUUGUCUCCCGAGUUAGUAUUUCAUGACUACCGGCACAAUAUUUAUGGACCUGUUAGAAGACCUACCUCUAUAGGACUCCCAAUGUCCCAAAUGAACGUGCACAACUUGUAUGUAAUACACUACUUCAAUUUUGAUGUUUUUAAAUGUUAUUGUUUUUCCUACUUGAUCCUUCCAAGUAUGUAUAUGUAGAUAACCUUUGAUUGCCUCUGGAUUGUCUUAUAUAUGCGCAUGCAUGUGUCUGUGCGACUCUGCUAGUCCUGACCUUUAAUGCCCUAAAACUCAGCGAAGCUCGACUUUCCCAAUGAAGUAUUUUCUCCUUCCCUUCAUUCCCUUGUUUGCUGAAAACGUGAAGAACGGGAAGUGCUAAACAGCUAAAGUAAGUGUUGUAUUAGGAUGCCAAUGGUAUUACAAGGUACUGUUUUAUUUGCUUUUUAAUUACUGUGACAAUCUGCCUAUCAAGAAUUGUGAAAAAGCUUCUUAUUUGUUUCUGCCCUGGAGUAAUGCUGUAGCUUAUCUGCAAAAAUAUGAUUUGGAACUGCAGAAAACAAGGCAGAUCGCUCCCCAACAUGGUAUAGAAGUGGCGACGGCGAUGAAAUGAAUCACGGAGUGAUGAAUUGGUACCAAGAGAGCAUUAAAGGAUGAUACCAUUUGAAUGCUCUUGUAUUGCCUGCCAAUCCUGCAUUUCAGUUGAGGUAUGGUAGAUGGAAUUGUUUUUUUUUUCAACAUUGUCAUUGUAUUUUAUUAUUGCCAUUCCUUUGGAAGAUUGAUUAUCGAACAUUCAAUGUAUCAUGGUUCUAUCAAUCCUCAACGAUGAGUUUGAAAUGUUGUUUUAA